CAGCCAUAUUCCGAGUACUCUCCCCGCACCAUGUCUCUACCCCAGGGUAGCAGUCUCCCCCCUGGUGCCUCUAUCCCACCUGGUAGCGGACCCACGCCUUCCCAUCGCUACUCCACCAUUGACAGACAAGGCCUCAGUGAAAGUUCCUCUGAGGGUGAUGUCCCUGUGUCAGCCAAUAAGAAAGAGAAGGAGAAGAAAGGUUCUGUAUUUAAGUUCUUUGGGCGGAGAAAGGGUGCCCAAGUUUAGUUUUUCUUUUUUCUUUCCUUUUUUUUUGUGACAACCAAAUAUUUUUUAUUAUAAAGGAAGUUAUGAUAUAGUUAAUAUUCUUAUAUAUGAUUUUUUUUGUGCCACUUAGGAAUAUGCAUUUGAAAUUUUAUUAUUUAUGGCUUUAGAGAAACAUUCCCCCCCCCCCUCCCGGAUUGCUAAUAAAAAGAUGUUUGUUAUACAUCGCCCAAAGAUGUACCUGAAUGGCUGUAACAUUAGCCUCUGUGUCAAGAAAUUUAUGCUAUAUCUCUCUGAAAUUUGUCUCAGCCUUGUCCCACUGUGACAAAAUGAAGAUUGGUAUGCAAAUAUAAAAACAGGCCAUCUCAGAUAAUUUACAAUUUGAUAAUUGUUUACAUUUAUAAAAUGAAUGUAUGCUUGAAUGAAGGUUGCUUUUACGAAUUCACAGGAAUGUGAAUAUAAGCUUUUAUUUGACUGACUAAAGCAGAAAUUAGUGUCUUAUUUGAGUGCCUGCUCUUGUUGGAAUCUCUGUUCUUUAACAGAGUAGAAAAGAAAUCUUGUAAAGUUGUUCAGUCUCUGAAAUGUAUGUUUAUUAAUUCAGAUUUAGGGUAUAAGAACAGCUAAUUAUAGUUAUGGCUUCUCUUUUAUUACUGUCAAAGUGAUUAAUAUCAAAUCUUUCCAAGUCUUCAAACAUUUUCUUUUUCUUUAUCUGUAUAUAAUUAUAUAAAUAUUGUUCAAAUCAAAUUAUUGUUGAGUGAAGCAAGAAUGUAUGUGGAAAAGGUAUUAUGUGUUGCAAAAUGUAAUGUUGCUAAUACAAAUAUGAUUUAGA